UGGGCGGGACUCCCCGGGGUCGGCCGAGCGGCCCAGGGGGUGCGGAGGUCCGCUCGCCGGCUGCCGGACCAUGCUGAGCGGAGCGCGCGGUCGGCUGGCCUUAGCGCUGCGAGGGACACGCGCGCCGCCGUCCGCGGUCGCCAGGAGGUGCCUGCACGCUUCGGGGUCGCGGCCGUCCGCGGACGAGAACAAGAAGGAGGGGAAACCGCCCCGCGCCUUCGACCCGGCGCUGCUGGAGUUCUUGGUGUGCCCGCUCUCCAAGAAGCCGCUCAGAUAUGAACCAUCGACAAAUGAAUUGAUUAAUGAAGAGCUGGGAAUAGCCUAUCCGAUUAUUGACGGGAUUCCUAAUAUGAUACCACAGGCAGCUAGGAUGACACAUCAAAAUAAGAAGCCAGAAGAAAUGAAGCAGCACUAGGUCAUACUUAAAUACAACACAAGGGAAUUUUCUAAACGCCAUCUACCUUCGAAGAAGCCAGCGUGGCGGGUGGUGGGUGGGGGAGAAGAAUGUUUCCGUCUCUUCCCACGCUGACUGUCCUUGUCCCCCUGGUCUCUCUGGGAGGACUGCUGUACUCGGCCUCCGUGGAAGAGAGCUUCCCCCAGGGCUGCACCAGCACAGCCAGCCUGUGCUUCUACAGUCUGCUCCUGCCCAUCACCAUCCCCGUCUACGUGUUCUUCCACCUCUGGACUUGGAUGGGGAUUAAACUCUUCCGGCAUAAUUAACGCAGCCAGAGCCACGAUGGUGUUUAAACUCGUGAUAUGCUUGAGUGAGUGUGUCUGAAAGCUCCGCUGCAUGGAAAUACUGGAAACCCAGACUUUGCAGGAAAGAGGCUUUGCUUAGCCUUUGUCAGAGGUUUAGGACUAUGUGACGUUUAAGCUGCAAGAGGCUUCUGUCUUGUAUUUUGGUUCUUCCCCUGCUUUUUGAAGGUUCUGAUUUAUACCUGGUAUCUCGGAAGAAACAUUUCAACAAAGUGGCUUUUUGGAAAUUAGCACCCCCCAGCCAUCAUCUGAUGGCUUUUUCUUAUCCCAUUCAUAAUUAAAAAUUACUAAUUGGAAAUUGCAGGUUUUUAGAUUCAAAGCCUUUGGUAAAGCCACAUGUGAAGGAUGACUGCGAUAAUUCCAAGGAGCUACGGGGAGUAAUUGUAGAGAAAUGCAUUUGGACUAGUGUGAUAUAAAACUAUAAUAAAAUGUAAAUUUCAUGUACUUGCCAAAAUUCUGAGUUUGUAAAAUUACCUUCAUUUCUUUGGCAUCAGAUGGCUUACAUUAUUAAUAAGAUAUUGACAUUUUCCAUAAAACAAUUUGCAGUUUU